AUGAAUGAAAAUAGUGAUGAAGAUAAAAUUCAAAAGGAAAGUAUAAAAGAAAUGAAUGAAGAUAAUAUUAUUUGUAAGAAAGAUGAAAGUAAUAGUAGUUCUUAUAAAUUUAUAAGUUUUAUAAAAACUAUUGAAGAUGUAAAAGAAAAAUGGGAAAGUGGCAAUGUAUCAAGGAAUGAUAUGUUAAAAUUAAAAAAUGAUGAUAUAAAUAAUAAUGAUAUAAAUAAUAAUGAUAUAAAUAUUAAUGAUAUAAAUAAUAAUUAUAUAAAUAGUAAUGAUAAUAAUAAUUAUAAUAAUUAUUAUAUUAAUAAUAAUAAUAAUGAUGAUAAACAUUCUGGUAGUAAUAAUAAUAAUUCAUUUAAUAAUUAUAUAAAAGAAAAUAUAAAUUAUAAUUCAUCCAUAGGUUGUGAUAAAAACAAUAUUAUGUUCAACUUGUUGGAUAAACAUAAAAAGAGUAUAUUUUUAAAAAACCGAAAUAAUAUAAAUACAUUUCAAUCAGAUAUUAACAGCUCAAAAACGAGCAGUUUUUUUAGUUGUAUGUCUUUGAAGAAUAUGAAUUAUCAUAAUGAUAUAAAUAAAUAUAAUAAUUAUCGUAUGAUGAAAAAUAUUAAUGGAUUACAUAAACUUAUGAUUUAUAAAAAUAAAAAUAAGGAUAAAAAGUUUUUUACGAAUACUAGUGAUAAAAAAAAUUAUUAUUAUUUAAAUAAUGGUGAUCAUAUAAUAAAUGAAAAAGAUUCUUUUUCAGAUACAUAUAUUAGUUAUGGUUGUAGGAAAAGGAGGUGGACAAAAAAAAAAAAAAAAAAUAUUUAUAAUAUGUUAUUUUGUGAUGAAUCUAUAAAUGAUUAUCCUUAUAAAACUCAAGAAAAAACAACCUUUAGUAAUUCUUCCAAAAUAUAUGAAUUAUUUUUUAAUAAAUAUAAAAAGAAAAAAAUAUUAAAUAUUGAAUGUAAUGGUAAUAAAUAUAAAGGAUUCUUAAGAACAAAUCAUUUCCCUCCAUAUGAGAAUUUUAAUUUUUCUAUACGAAGAAAAAUGCAAACAAGAAAUGUGCUUAAUCAUUUUAUGAUGGGCAAACGUUUGUUUAAUAAAACCAUAUGUUAUAGAAACUAUAUAAAAUAUGUUAAUAAAUAUAAAAAUAAUAAAAAAAAUAAAGUGAUAAAUAUGUGUUUACAGAAAGAAAAUUGUGAUUCAAUAAAAGAUACAUUUGAAAAUAUUAAUAAUGUAUUACACAAUAAUAAUUUGCGUCAAAAUUUAAAUAAUAAUAAUAAUAUGUUAAAAAAAAAAAUAAAAAAAAAAAAAUUUUAUAAAACAUCUUUGGAUCAAAUGAUUAAAGGGGAUAUUGCCUUUGAUCAGGUCAAGAAAGAGUUUAAUAAUUCUGUGACUAACAAUGAAAGAAAGAAUAAUAUUAAGAAACAUUCACAUGAUAAUAAAAUGAGUAAAUUAAAGAAAAAUAUAAAUAAGAAACAAAGGAAUAAUAAAAAUAGUAUUAAUUCGGAUGAUAAGUGUAAUGAAGAUUGUGUUAUAGAAAAUAUUUAUACAACGCUAGAGGUCAAUAAUGAUGAGGAAAAUAAAAAAGUGUUACAUGAUAAAGAGUUUGUAUGUGAACCGAAGAAGGAAGUUAUUCUACAAAAUAAUGACAACAUUGAUAAUAAUAAUAAUAAUAAUAAUAAUGUGAAUAAUUGUGGUGAUGAUGCAAAUAAUCAUGAUGAUAACAGAAAAGAACUUGAUACGUUGGAAGACCAAAUUAAAAGUCUAAAAAUAUUGUCCUUAAAUUUUAUUAAAUGUGAUGAGAAAUUGUUUGAAAAAAUAUACAAUGAUAUGUUUUUGAGAAUUGGUAAGAUUGUUACAAAUAAAAGGAAGAAAUAUUUUUUAAUAUAUAAAAUUGUCAAAGAUUCUUUUUUCCGUAUUUUAAUAUUAAAUACAGAAAAAUUAGAAAAAAACAUCUUACAGGUUACGGCUAUUCAAGAUGUAAUAUUGUGUGAUAAGAAUGUGAAGAUUUAUAGUGAUCCUAUAUAUAUAAGAAAUAAUAAUAAGCUUUAUGCUAUAAAGUUUUUAAAGAUUUUUUCUUUAAAAUAUAUGAAGAAGGUAAAAAAUAUGAGUGAAGUAAAUUUUUCAGAUGAUAAUGAUGAAUGUAAAAAGGAGAAUAAGGAUAAUAGUUCAGAAUCUUCCAAGAGGAGCAAUAAUAUAGUUGAUAAAAAAUUAUCACAUGUAAAGAAAUCAGAAGAGCACGAUGAUAUUAAAAGUGAUAAUAGUAAAGAGGAUAACCAAAUUAAAGAAGGAAUGAAAAAAUCGAAUGGAGUUAAUAUUAAUAUGGAUGACAGGGAAGAAGAUGUAAAUGAUAUAGAUGAAAAUGAUAUUAAUGAUAAUAAUAAUAAUAAUAGUAAUAAUAAUAAUAGUAAUAAUAGUAAUAAUAAUAAUAAUGUUGGUAGCAUUGAUACCGACGUCGAUUCCAAAAAUAAUAAAAAGAAAUAUAAAGGUAAAGAAAAGAAAGACGCUAAAGAAAAUGUUGAUGAUAAAAACCAGAGCGAUAGUAACUCUAGCAAUAGCAAAAAGAAAUCUAAAGUAUUAAAUAAGGCAAUUAAAAAAGAGAAUGAUAAAAAAAAAAAAUAUGAUAAAAAGAAUAUUGAAGGUAAAAGUAAUAAUAAUAAUAAUAUGCUUAGUCGUAGUAAUAGUACUAGUACUAAUGGUAGUAAUAGUAGCAGUAAAAGUAAAAGUAGUAGUAAUUGUAAGAAUAAGAAGAAUAGUGAAAUAUCGAUUUGUUCAAAAAAAGAUGAAAAGAAUUCACAACAAAAUAAGAAUUAUAUAAAAAAAAAAAAUAAAAGUUGUAAUGAGGGAAAAAGUAAAAAGGAUAUAACAAAAUUAAAUUGUGUGAAGAAAGGAAAAAAUAAAACUACAGAUAAAAAGAAUGUGAAAUCAAAAUUAAAUAUUAAAGAUGCAAAAAAGAACAAAAAUAAUAAUAGUAAAAUUAUUAAGGGAAAAAAAAUUAUAAAUAAAAAGGAUAAAGGAAAAGGAGAAGAUAAUAAUUAUAUAUGUCUUAUAUAUGAUGAUGAAAAAAAGUUUUAUUUUAAUUUUAAAAAUUUUAAAGAUAUAAUAAAUGUUAUUAAAGGUUCAGAUGAAAAUACACGAUUUUAUGUAGAUACAAAUAAUAAUAAUAAUAGUAGUAAUAUUAAUAUGAAGAAAAAAAUGAAAUUAUUUAAAAAAGUUGAAAAGUCUUUAUAUUUAGAAAAUUUAGAUAUUGAUACAGAUGAAAUAUUAUUUAGAAGACCAAAAUUUUUUAAUUGCAUUAUUGAAGAAUCUUUUGAUAAUUAUGAUAUAAACUAUGAAGGUGAAGAUGGUAAUUUUUAUGUUUUUAAAAACAAAUUAAAUAAAAUAAGAAAAAAGGUGACUAUUAAAAAUGAGAUGGAUAGUUCUGAUAUGUAUAUAGAAUUAAAAGAUGAAGAGAAGGGAUUUAAAUAUAUAGGUUAUCGUGUGAGUUUUGAAUUAAAAAUGGAUAAUAAGAAAAAGGCACAAGUAAAAGUUGGAAUUAUAAAAUAUUAUUCUCCUAAAUAUAAACAAUUUUUUAUACAUCAUUUAGAGAAUUAUAAAUUAUAUCAAACAAAUGAUUUGGCCAAAGUUAAUAAUAAUAUGAAAGAAAAUGGAUUUGUUAAAAGUAGUAGAAGUUCUUAUAAUCGUGUGUCUAGUAGAUUAUCAAAUUCGAGUAUAAAUAUUAAUAAAUAUAAAAAUGUUGAGUUGAAUGAUAAGAAUAAUAUGAAAGAAAAUAUUAUCAAUAUAAUUCAUAAUGAUAAUAAUAAUAAUAAUAAUAAUAUGGACAAUAUGAAUAAUAUGAAUGAUAACAAUUUUGAUAAUCAAAAUAAUUUAUGCACAGAUAAUAUAUUAUGUGAUGCCAAUUAUAACAUGAUGGAAAAUUAUAUUGAUGAUAUAAAUAAUAUUGAUGAAAAUUCAAAAAAAAUAAAUGAUCUUGUUUUUUCUGAUGUUAAAGGUUGGUAUUCACCAUAUUUUUAUAAUAUAAAGAUAUUAAAUAAUUAUAAAGAAUUUGAAAGAUUCGAUAUUUUAGAAAAGUGUGAUAAGAAAAAAGAAAUGAGUGAUAAUGUUAAUAAUACUUUAAAUAAAAAUGAAAUAUGUACUAUUUGUUCAAAAAGAAUAUUAUUUAUGAAAGGUCAUGACCAUUAUAGUUGUAGUUUAUCAAGUGCUAUAUAUGAUAUGUGCUCAGAAGCUGAAAAAAAAGAAAUAGAUGAAAAUAAUUGUAUAGAUAUAUAUUGGGGUAUUAAAUGUUUUACAUGUGAAAAGAAAUUCCAUGCAAAUUGUUUAGAAGAUGAAGUGUUAAUUACUAAAUGGUUUGAUAAAAAUAUUUUGAUGAAGGAAUAUAAAAAAUUUAUAUAUAAGAAUAGUUUGAAGAAAGAAAAGAGAUAUUUUAAUAAUAAUGGAAAGAAGAAAAAGAAUACAAUUAAAAAAUUGGAAGAUAAAAAUAAUUCACGUGUGGUUAGUGCAGCAAGUAAUUCUAAUUCUUUAGAAGUUUCUUCUAAUGGAUCUACCAAAAAAAAGGGAAAAGAAAAGGAUAUCGAUUGUAAGAAAGGUAAAUCGAGUACUUCAGGAUUGUCUAAAAAGGUGAAAAAGGGAAAGAAUAAAAAUGGUGAUAGUAAAAGUGGUGAGAGUAAAAGUGGUGAUAGUAAAAGUGGUGAGAGUAAAAAGGGUAAGAACAAAAAUGAUGGCAAAAAUGAUGACAAAAAUGACGGCAAAAAUGAUGGCAAAAAUGAUUGCAAAAAUGAUGGCAAAAAUGACGUUAAAAAUGAUGGCAAAAAUGACGGCAAAAAUGAUCAAGGUUCAAAUGAUGAAGGUAUGAGUGAACAUAAAAGUAAGUCAAAUAAUAUUAAUAAUAACAAUAGUAGCAAUGACAAUAUGAGUGAUAUAGAUAAUAAUAAAGAAAAUAUUAAAAGUAAAAACAAAAAAUAUCGAAGAUGUAUAAACUAUAUACCAUCAGUUGAAUAUAGUGAUAUUACUUAUAGAAAAUAUAUUUGUAAAGAUUGUUAUCGUUGUAUUUAUUGUUGUGAAAGUAUAUAUGAUUAUAAACAAACACCAAAUGUAGCUAAUUAUGUUAUAUGUAAGAGUUGUAAUAUGGUAGCUCAUGGUUCAUGUUGUUUUCCAAAUGUUCCUGAUAUAUAUUUAUUUAAUUGGAAAUGUGAUGAUUGUUUAAAAUGUAAUAAAUGUAAUUAUUCAAAUUUAUGUUAUAUUAAUUAUAAUGAAUGGGAAUUACAUUUAGAUUGUUGUAUUAAUUGUUAUAAAGAAUAUGAGAAGAAGAAUUUUUGUAUUAUGUGUAAUGAGAAAUAUGAUGAAGAUGAUAGUAAAAAAUGGGUUCAAUGUGAUGUAUGUAAAUUUUGGAUUCAUUUAAGUUGUGAUAAAAAUGAAAGUCGAAAUAUUGAAACCUUAUCUAAUAAGAAUACAGAUUAUAAAUGUCCAACAUGUAGUAUAGGUACAUUUCAUGAUAAAAUUGAGCGUAUCUUAUAUUUAUUAUUUUUAUUAGAUAAAUAUAAAAAUUUCACAUUUCAUGUUCCAAUUAAUUAUUCUAUAUACUGGAGAAUUGUAAAAAUACCUAUGAAUUUAUAUAUAAUGAAAAAAAAAAUAUGGGAAAAAAAAUAUGAUACUAUUUUAGAUUUUUUAUAUGAUUUUAUUUUAAUUAUACAUAAUGCAAAAAUGGUUCAUAUGCCUAAUACACCAAUUUAUAAAAAUGCAUGCAUUUUUGAAAAAAAGGGUAGAGUUAUAAUAAAAAAUAUGUUUAAUAUGACAAAUGAGUAUUUGAAUAAAUGUAUAGAAGAUUGUGUCGACAAUUAUAAAAAUGAAAUUAAUAAUUUGGAUUCGGACCAAAUUGGUCAUGAUAAUAAUAAUAAUAAUAAUAAUGAUAAUAGUAAUAAUAGUACUACUAGUAAUAAUAACAAAAUGGAAUGUAUAAAUAAUGACGGUGUCUUAUUUAUUAAUGAUAGGUGUAAUAAUAAAUUGUAUGAUAAAGAUAGAGGAAAUAUGUCAUUUGUAAAUAUGCAAAGUGAAAAAGAAAAGCUAAAUGAUAUAUAUAAUAAUAAUAAUUAUUUUAAAUUGGAAACCUAUUCUGGUCAAAAUAAUAUAAAAUUAAAUUUGCAUUGUGUGAAUAAAGAAGGAUGUAAUAUCCUUUCAAAUGAUAAUAAUAUAAACUAUGAUAAUUAUAAUAAUGUUAAUAAUAUGGGUAUAAGAAAAAUCUAUACAAACAUAAAUGAUUAUAAUUCUUUAAAGGUACCAAAUGAAUCUUUAUAUAAUAAAGAAAAUUUUAUGAAUACGUCAAGUAUAUAUAAUAUAAAUGAAAGUAAUACAUAUGAUUUAAAUUGUGAUAAAAAUUUAAUAUUUGAUAAUAAAUAUAAUUUAUCAACAUAUGAAAAUAAUGGGGAGAUAAUGAAUCAUAAUUAUGUGUAUCAAAAAAAUAUGAAUAUAUCUAAUACGUUAUAUAAUAAUAAUAAUAAUAAUAUGAUUAAAGAAGGAGAAAAAUAUAUAUUAAAUAAUGAAGAUAUGAAUAAUAUUAGUAUUCCAAAAAAUAAUGAUGUAAAUAAUAAUUGUAAUAAUGCUAUGAAUAUAUUUAGAAAACGUAAACUAGAACAAUAUAAAAAGGAUAUUACUCAAUAUGAAUUAUAUGAAUUAUUUGAUUUAAAAAAUGAUUCUUUUUUUAUUAAUAGGAAUAAGGAUAUAUUUUCUUGUUCUUCAAAUGAUCAUAAUUUAAUUGAUUAUAAUAUCUUAUAUGUAAAGAUGAAUGGUAAAAUAUAUUUUAAUACAUUUUAUGAUAAGCAUAAUGAAUUUGAUGUAUGUAAAAUAAUGAAAGUUCAUUUUUUGAACCAUAACAAGAUAGGUCAGAACCAUAUUAUGGGUUCUAAGAUGCAAGAUAAUAAGAACGUAAAAGAGGCUAUUACACAAUAUGAGCAGGAGAACAUGGAAAAUAAUAAUGAUAAUAAUUGUGGUGAUGAAUAUAAUAAUGUUAGUAAUAAUAAGGUACAUAUGAAUGAUGCUUAUAAUAAUUCACCAAAUGACAAUACUCUUAUUAAUAAUAAUAAUAAUAAUAAUUGUAGUCUAUUUAUAAAUAGUAACAUAUUUAUGAUUGACGUAUUAAAUGAAAAAGUAAAAAUUAAUAAUAUCGUUAAAGAAAAGAAACGAAUUAUAAGUCCUAUUAAUAAUGUUUUAAAAUUUUUAAAGUGUAUACAAAUUGUUUUUUUUUAUGAUAAUAAUAUAAAUGGAUGUACUGAAAAAGAGAUGAAUAUAAUAUCAUCUAAUAUGUGUAAUAAUAAUAAUAAUAAUAUUGAAAAGUAUGUAAAUAUAAAUAAUAUUGAUCAUAAUAGUAUAGGUGGAGACAAGAAAAGGAAAAGUGUUGAAGAAAUAAUAUCGUUAGUAGAUAAUAAAAGUUACAAUGGAUUUAAUAAAGGUUCUGAAUAUAUAUUAUAUUCUUCAAAUGAAUAUGAUAGAGAUAUAAGAAAAGAGAAUAAAAGAAUAAAACUAUUAAAGAAUGAUAUAUUAAAAGAAUGUUGUUAUAUAUGUGGAUCUAUAGAAUAUAAAAAUAAUUUUAUUUAUUGUUCUACAUGUGGUAUAUCAAUACAUUAUUCAUGUGCUAAUAUUGUGCAUCCGUUUAUAUUUAAUUUGAAUAAUUAUAAAGAUCAUAAAAAAGAAAUAAAUCAUAUUUUAAAUAUUAUUACAAGAAAUUUUAAAUGUGAUAAUUGUAUAAAGUGUGAUAACUGUUUAUUACCUUUUGAUUCGUCUUUAAAAUCUAAUUUAUAUUUUAAAUUAAAAAACUUGAAUGUUUCUUGUAAUAAGAAUAUUAUGGAAGGAAGAACAUAUAAUUAUAUUUAUGAUUUAAAUAUAAAGGUUUUAACUACAAAUAAAGAGAGUAAUAAACAAACAGGGAAAUGUUUGAUGAGGACAAUAGAAAACAAUAUUAUAAAAUUGGACGAUGAGAAUAAACAAAAGGAUGAAAUGAAUAAAAUGAAUGAAGAGGAUAAGAAAUAUUUGUAUAAGCAAGAAGAUGUUCAUGUUGAAAAAAGUUCUAAUGAAUUAUUACCUAACAAUUGUUUUAGUUUUAAGGUGUGUAAUAAAGAUGAGGUUAUGUCCGAUGUGGUUGUUGAUAUGAAUGAAAAAAAAAAUAAUGAUAAUAUUAAAAAUGAUGAUAAUACUAAUAAUAGUGAUAACAAUAAAAAUGAUAAUAAUAAUAAUAAUAAUAAUAAUAAUAGUGAUGAUCAUAUCUUUGUUGAUGAUGAUGUGAACAAAUUAGAAAAUCAUCUAAAUAAAUCAAAUGAUAUUUUAAUAAAUGAAGAAAAUAAUAAUAAUAAUAAUAAAGAUACCCCAAAAUGUGUUAUAAGUAAUAAGGAUGAAAUAAAUAAAGAUAUAGUAAACAUGAAUAUUCAUAUGGAUAAUAAAAAUAAUGAUACAAAUAUAAAAAAUAUUUCGAAUGAAGAAAUAAUUUUAGAUAGUAGUAAAAAUAGUCAUGAUAAGGAAUAUAAUGUUUUAUAUAAUGAGUCAGUCAAAAAAUCUUUUAAUGCUUGUAAGAUAGAAAAAAUAGGAAGUAUUGAAAAAGAUGAUAACUUAGGACAUGUGAAUAAAAUAAGAAAUAAAAAAUUAGUAAAAAUUUUAAGUAUACGUGAGGAAGGAAAUAAAUUAUUAAAAUGCUUUUGUUGUGGGAAACCAUCACAUGAUGAAUGCUUUUAUAGAAUUGAUAAUAAUAGUAAUAAAAAUAAAAUAUGUACAUUGAAAAAAGCAGUUAAAAAUUAUGUAAGAAAAAAGAAUGUGGAAAAUAAAUGUAAUUCAAAAGUGGAAACGAAUUCAGAUGUAAUAAUAUUGGAUGAUAAUACAAAAGAUUAUUGUAGUGUGAAAAAAAUGGGUGAUGAACAUAUGAAUGAUAAUGGAUUUGUUGAUAUUUCACAGAAUAAAGUUUGUGAUGAAAAUAUUUUAGUUCAAUCAUAUAAUAGUGGUGUGAUAUGUAGUGAUAAGAACAAGAAAGAUGAAGUUAUAUUAAUAGAUGAAAAUGAUAAUAAUAAUGAGAAUUCACUUAUUGAGGAGAAUGUAAAUAAUUAUACUUCGAAUGAGGUUAAUAAUGUGUUGAAACAUGAGGAGAAUGUUGAAUGUAGAAGAGAAUUCCAUAUAGAAAAGAACACAUAUAUAUCUAAUGAAUUGGUUCAAAAUAAUUCAGAAAGUAAUAAUAAUAAUAAUAAUACUAACAGUAAUAGUAAUAAUAAUAAUAAUAAUAAUAGUAGUAGUAGUAGUAAUAGUAAUUGUAAUAAUAAUGUGAAUACUUUAAGUAGUGGUACCAUUAAUACUAUGAACACAAUUAAUAAAGAAUGCAAGAACAAUGAUAAUAAUGAUAUGAAUAAUAUAAAUAAGGAUGAUAAUAUUGAUAUGAAGAGUAAUAAUAAUAAGAAGGUAAAAGAUAAUAAUGAAAUUAUGAUGAUUACAGACAUUAUUAAUAAGAACGAUCGUAAUUUAGAUACCAUUUUAAAAGAACAUUCUGUUAUUAUGAAAAAAUUAGAUGAGCUUAAAGAGAAUAGAAAUAAAGAACAUGAUGAUGAUUUUUGUAACAAUCUUAUUUUAAAUAAUGAGUUUCUUAUUCAUUCUUUUAAAGUAGAAGAGGGUGUUGAAAUAAAUAAAGAUAGUAUUAUAAUAAAUAAGAAAAUGUUUAAUAAAUAUAUAUUAAAUAAAGUAUAUGAAUUAUUAGAUAAUAAGAAAAGAUUAAAAAUAAAAGAUUUAUUCAAUUUAUUUAAUUUAGAUGAAUUUAGAUGUAGUUUUAUUUUAUAUGAAGUUUUAAAUGCUUUGAAUACAUAUUUGAAUGAAAAAUUAAAAGAAUAUAAUUUGACAAAAAUUAGAAAGGGUACUUAUAAAAAAUAUGAUAAUGAAAAAAAAAAAAAUGAAAACUUUUGUUUAUUUAAUAAAUAUUUAAUAGUAAAUAAUCGAGAUAAAAUUAAUAUAACAAAAGUUGUAUUAAAAAUCCAAUCUUUGAUUACUGAGAUUUUAUCAGAUGCUAUGAAUGGAAAUAUAGUAGAUGAAAAAGAUAAGAAUAAAAAGAAGGAUACAACAUCAGAUAUAAAUAUAAGAAGUAAUAUAAAAGAAUAUAAUAAAUAUAAUAAACAUAAUGGUUGUAUUAAUAUAGAUAUAAAUAAUUAUUUUAAAGGUGAGUAUAUUAAUUUCAAACCUAUUCUUUAUAGUUCUGAAUUUAAUAUGGAUACUAAUGCUCAAAUUUUUUUACAAAACAAGGCAAAUUUAACUAUGUUUCAAAAAAGUGCAUCAUAUAAUAAUAAUAUUGAAAAUAAUGAUGUGAUUAACAAUAUGAAUAAGAAUAUAAAUGAUAAUAUAAAUGACAAUAUGAAUAACCAUAUAAAUGACAAUAUAAAUGACAUUGACAUAUUCAAUAAUGAUGGAUCGAAUAAUGUUGAUAUGCAUCAUAAGAGUGAACAGAUAUGUAUUUUAAAUUCAAAUAAUAUACAAAGUGUGCCAAUAUUUGAUAAUAAACCUUAUAUGAAUAAUACUUUUAACAAUAUUGUAGUUGUAAAUAAAUCAAAUAAUAUAAAUGAUGAUAAUAUCUUAUGUAAUGUGAAGAAUUUAUAUAAUAAAAAUAUAUUUAAUGAAAAAGAAAAGAAUGGUUUUUCUCUUGUUCAGAAUAAUAUAUGUGAUAUUCAUUUGCCUUAUAAUGAUACAAAUAUAUGGAAGGGUGAUAUUACAAAUAAAUGUAGAACAUAUACAUAUACAAAUGUAAAUAAUGGUAGUGUAAUUGAUUAUAAGAAAUGGUCUUGUAUUAAUAGAUCGAUUAGUUUGAAUAAUAUGAAUUAUAUUAGAAGUAGCGCUAAUCCUAGGAUUUUAUCAACUACUGAUCAUGUAUUAAAUAAUAAUAAUAUGAAUAAUAUCAACAAUAUAAACCAUAUCAACAAUAUCAACAAUAUCAACAAUAUAAACAAUUUGAAUAAUGUGUCGUGUUUUAUGGUGCAAAGAAAAAUUCGAAGUAAUAGUUUACAUGAUAUGAAAGAUAAAGUCCAUAACAUAAAUGAUAACAUUAAUAUAAACAUAAAUAAUCUCAAUAUUAUUAAUAAUAAUAUUAACAUAUGUAAUAUGAACUAUCCUAUUGAUCGUGUUGAUACUUUGAAUAAUACUUUCAAUAGUAAUAAUAUUAUUAUUUCAUCAAAUAGAAAAGAAAACACAAAUAUAUUAAACUUUAAUCGAUAUGAUUCAUAUAAUAAUAAUAUUAAUAAAGAAAAUAAUUUAAGUACUUCCAAUUUUAAUAACUCAUUUCAUGUAGGUAAUUUAGAAAAAUCUUAUAGUUAUAAUAAUACAAUGUAUGAGAAAAAUAUGAAUGAACAGAUAGAUCCAAAUAUAUUAAACAAUAUGAACCGUAUUAAUAAUGUUAUAUCUUAUAGUUGUAUGAACCCUAAUAUGAAGGAUAUAAAUUUUCAUAGUAUGAGGAGAAGUAGUAGUACCCCUAAUAAAAAUAGUGGCUUAUUAAAAAAUUAUUUUAAUAUAGGUAUUGAUCAAUAUAAUAAAACAAAUUCACAUAUUAUGAAUUGUAAUGUGUCAAUAAAUAAUGAAAUGAACAAUAUGUAUAUUAAUAAUAAAAAUAAUAAUAAUAAAAAUAAUAAUAAUAAUAUUAGUAGUGAUGUGAAGAAUAUGAAAAGUGUUUCAACUUUUUAUAAUCUUAAUCAAAUGAAUGAAAGUCAAAAUAAUAUUAGUAAUAAUAUUAAAUGUUCGAAUCAAAAUAAUAUUAUUAUUAAUAAUAAUAUAAAUGUUAAUAAUUUAAAUUACAUUUCAAAUAAUAAAGAAGUAGGACUUAAAGAAAAUGAUUUGAAUAGAAAUAAAGAAGUAUAUACUAUAGAUGAAGAUGAGUAUGAAAUGAAUGCUUCUAAUAUGUAUAAGACAUUUCCAUAUUGUAAUUCAAAGGAUAAUAAUUCUAGUAAAUCUUCUUUGAAAAGUAAUAUAUUAAAUUUAGAUAAAAUAAUAUGCAUCAAUAAAAAAAAACCAUUAUUAUAUAAUAGAAGUAGUAGCAGUAUGCUUUCUUGUGAUAAUGUUAUAUAUAAUGUUCAGAAUAAUAAUAGAAAUAGUCCUGAAAAAUUUACAUCUGAUAUUAUAAUUGAUAAAGAAAGAAAUAUGGAAAAUAAUUCUAAUACCUCAAUAAAUUAUUUAAAUAACAAUAUUACUAAUAAUAUUAUAUUAGGUAAUAAUAAUUGUUCUAGUGGUACAAAUAAUUUUAUUCAAAUCAAUUAUAGUCCUUCGUCGAAUAUAAUAAAUAUUAAUAAAGAUAGUUAUAAAAGUAAUAUAUCGUUAGAUAGUUGUGUUGAUAUGAAUAAUAUGAAUAAUGUGAAUAAUAUAGCUGUUGAAAAUUUUGCAUCCCAUAUUGGAAUCUAUCCAAAGGAGCAAAAUAGAUGUGAAGAUGAAAUGAAUGAAGAUAAUAAGAAAAAAAGAAAAUUAAAUAGUCUAUCGAUGAACGAUAUAUUAAUCAAAAAAGAAAUGAAUUGUGACGAUAAUAUAAAUUGUAAGGCAAACAAUUCUCUAAAUGAAAGUACAAAAGAGGAUGACGUGGUGAUAGAAAAGGUUGGUACUAAGGAAAAUGAACUAACAACAACAACAACAGAAAAUAUAAAAUCAAAUGAAAUGGAAGAUAAAGAAUAUAUGGAUAGAAAAAAAAAAAGAAAGAUAAGUGUCAAGGUUAAAGUUAAGGUGGAGGAAAAAGAAAAUGAGGAGAAUAAAAAAAGAGGAAUAAAAAAAGAAAAGAAUGAUAUAGAAAAAAAUAAGAAUGGUAAUGAAAUAAAUAAGAAUGGUAAUGAAAUAAACAAGAAUGGUAAUGAAAUAAAUAAGAAUGGUAAUGAAAUAAAUAAGAAUGGUAAUGAAAAAAAGAUGAAGGAAAAUAAAAAGGGUAAAGAAAAAAGUGUAAAGGUAAGAAAGACGAAAAAUCAAACUGAAGUGGAAAGAGAAAAUGUAAUAAUGGAUGGAACAAAUGAUAAAACAAAUGAUAAAACAAAUGAUAAAACAUAUAUUAUGACAAAUGAUUAUUUAUCCUUAGUUCAAAAUGACAAGUCUGUUAUUAAUAUUGAUUGUAAUACAUCCUUGGGUAUAGGAGAUGGUUAUACCAAUUUAAUAAAUUGCGAGGGAAGGAAAAACGGAAAAUAUUCUAUUGAAGAAAAUAAUAUGAAUGAUGAUAACAUGUCUCAAUAUUCAGAUGUUUUUGAUUCAGAAGGAUGCAUAAAAUAUAAAGAUGAAUAUGAUACAAUAUAUAUACCAAACAAUAAAAAUAAAAUUAAUAAUAUAAAUAAUUUUUUAACAAACAACAAUUUACAGUUGAAAUCGAAAUUUAUGAGAAUAACUCCUAAUACAUAUUUAUGUCGUAAUUGUGUUUUGUUAUAUGAAAAUGAUUUUUCUUUUAAUAUAUAUCAAGAAGAGAUGAAUAAAAUGGAAGGAAGUUUUUUGAAGGAAGAUGAAAAUGUGGUUAUAAAAAAGAAUGAAGAAUAUGUUAAUGAUACAAUUAAUAAUGACAAGGUUUUAAAUAAUGAUGAAAAUAUUAUGAAAAAUGUUUUAUCUGAUAAGGUUGAUGAUAGGAACGUUCAAAUGUUCAAUUCCACUUUGAAUGUGGAAAAAAAAAAUAUUGAACAAAAAAUAAUAUAUGUAAAACAAGAACAAGUUGAAUUAUGUAAUGAUAAAAAAUAUAAUGAUCAAAUGAAAGAGAUUGAGGAGGAGGUCGAGAUGGAUGAUAUAGAUUUUAAGAAUGAAAAGAAAAAUAAUGUUAUGGUUCCAUAUGAAGAGAAAUACACAGGAAUACAUAAUAAUUGUUCUAUUUUUAUGUCAUCAAAAAGGUGUGAUAAAUAUGUAACAAAAAAAAAAGGUAAAGAUAAAAAUUUGAAUAAUAUAAAAUAUUUCAAAAUUAAUAGUGAUAAAUCUGUUUGGUAUGAUGACUAUAUAUAUUGGAUGAAUAAAAUAUCAUUAUAUAAUAACAUAUUUUUUACAAAUAUGUAUUAUAAAGAGGAUGUAAUUAAAUCGAUAGAUAUGAAUAAUUUAUUAGUUAAUAAGAUGAAUAUAUAUAAAUGUUCCAUUUGUUGUAUGCUUUAUAAUGGUAAUAAUAAUAUGGAUAGGAAUAAUUUUUUUAUUAAUAGUGAAGAUAUGAUAAGAGAAAAGAAGGGAACAAAUGAUUUUUUUUUCAAAUUACUAUAUAUUUGUAAUUUGUGUUGUAUAAAAUAUGAAUAUAUUUUGAAAAUAAUAAAAUAUAAAGAAAAUAAUAAAUGUUGGAAUGAAUUUUAUACAGACAAUAAUUAUAUAAAAAAAUUCUAUGAACUUAUAUAUUUCAUCAUUAAAAUAGUGUAUAAGAAUAUAUAUAUACAUAAUUUUUUUAAUAUAUUUUGUUAUAUUAUUGAUAAUAUAUUUAAAGAAUAUAAGACAGUGAAUAUGAAAUGGUUGAGUCUUUUCCUUUUUUCAAAUAAAUAUUUUAAGUAUGAAGAAUUUUAUCAUUUUUUUAAUAACAAAAUGAAGAAGGAUGAUACAAUAUUUAAAAAAAUAUUUCAUAUGAAAAAUGGAUGUCCUAUGUAUAGAUAUUCGAAGAAAAGUAUUAUGUAUUAUAUAUUGAGUUUAUUUUAUAAUAAAAUAUAUAAUAUAAAGAAGAAAGCAAGAUAUAUACAUAAAAAACAAAGAAAUGUAACCUAUAAAAAUUGUGUAUAUUUUAAUAUAUAUGAAUUAGCUAGAAAGAAGUUAUAUGAUUAUUUAGAGAAAAGUCAAAAACCAUUUGAUGAAAUAAUAAAUAUGUGUUUAUAUCUUUUAUAUUUAUAUUAUCUAUAUAAUAUAUUGUAUAAAUGUGUGAAAAAUAAUAAUGAUUUAAAAAGGGAGAAAGCGAAAGAGGACAUAUUAUAUGAUAAUAAAAGGAUUCGUUGUAAUAAAAAGGGAAGAAAUAUUAAAAUGAUUUUAAAUAUAAUUAAUUCUGAUGAGUACCUAAAUGUAUAUAAAAUAUUUCAUGGGAGAGGUAUAUAUGAAUUUCCAUUUUAUGUAAAUAAAGAAAGAAUAAAAAAAGAGAUGAAUGGGGUAAGUGAAUUUAUUAAUAAAAAUAAUGAUGAUAAUCAUAAUGAUGUUGAUCAUAUAUUUAAUCAAAAUUGUAAUGGCAGUUCCUAUUUGGGUGGUAUUAAAAAAGUGCAGGAAUGCUUAAAAUAUAAAGAAGGUAAUAAAAAGGAUAUUAUAAUUAUUAAGAAUGCAAGUAUUGACAGCACGAGUUCUAGUAUAAACAUAAACAAAAGUGUUAUUAGUAGUAUUUAUUCAUAUAAUAGUAAUAAAGAGAAGAAAAAAAAUAUGAGAAAAUGUAUAAAAGAAUUACACCAUACAAUUAAGAACAAAUUAAAUUUAUAUGUUAAAAUAAUGCUUUAUAAAUAUAUUGAAGAGAAUUGUAAUUAUUUAAAUUAUAAAAAUGAACAUAUAAAUACAACGAUUGAGUAUAAAAAUAAAGAUGAUAAAAUAUGCUUCUUGUGUAAUUUUAGUAAUUAUAUAUAUAAAGGAAGACUUAUACCUUUUUAUGAUAUAUAUAUACAUAGUGAAUGUUUGAAGUGGAGCUUAAAUUGUACCCAAUCUUGUUAUGAAGAAAUUAAAAAUAAAACAGCAGUAUGUAAUAAUAAGAGUAUGAAAGUGGAUCUGCACUUUCAAAAUGUAGAUGAUAUAAAUAAUAAUAAUAUAAAUGAUAACACUGAAAAUAAUAUAAAUAUAUCAGAUAAUAUUAUUAAUGGUCCAAAAAAAAAUAACGAAACAAACAGCAACAACAAUAAAAAUAAUAAUAAUAAUAAAAAGAGUGCACAGAAAAAAAAAGAUAGUGUUAACGAAGUCAAAAAGAAUCAAAACAUUACAAAUAAUAAGAAAAAAAAAACUAGUAAAGAUAUUGAAGUAUUAAAAAGUGAUAAUACAAAGAAUAAUAAAACAAAAGAUUUAGAUUCAAAUAAUAAUGAUAAAAAAAAAUCGGAAAAAAAUAAUUUAAUUGAAAAUAAAGAUAAUAAUGAAAUAACAUAUAAAAUAGAUAAUGAAGUAAUAAAUAACACUCCAAUAAAUGAUCCUUCUUUGAAAGAAAAAAAAUAUAAAACUAAAGAAAAGAAUAGAGGUUGUAAGAAUAAUAAUAUAAAAAGCAUAAAAUUAAUGGAUAUAUGUGAAUGGAAAGAAAAUAGAAAUUUUUAUAAUAUAUAUGAAAAUAUGAUAGAAGUAGAUGAAGAUAAUGUUAAAGAAAUUAUAUAUGAUUCUAUAAAAUCAACUUGUUUUUUAUGUGGUUAUAAUAAUGCAAGUGUUUAUUGUAGUAAUGAAGAUUGCAAUGUUAAAUUUCAUUUGAAUUGUGCCUUUUACUCUACUGUUAUAAAAGAUCCAAGUAAUAAUCCUUUUUUUCGAUAUUUGAAAUGUUUUAAUUUGAUUGAAUUUAAUAAGGAUACCAUAUUUUAUAAAAAUAUGAAUCAUGCUCCAAAUAUGAAUACAUGUGUAUCUUCUUAUGUAUGUAGUGAUAAGCCAUAUUAUAAAGAAACUAUCGAAAAUAAUUAUGGUGAUAUUUUCCCUGUUCAUAUUAUAUAUAAAAUAAAAAAAAUAUGGUGUAAUAAAUGUUGGAAUAAGAAAAAGAUAUACAAUUUGUUUUAUUUACAAAAAUGUUUUAUGUCUCCUAAUUAUUAUGAUAAUAUGAAAACUGAGGAAUGUGGUUCUAAUAAUAUGAACGUUAUGAAGACAGAUAAGAGUGAUAUACAGAAUGAUGAUAUAUUAUAUGAUCUUAAGGUUGAUAAGGAAUAUUUUAAUUUAAGAAAUAUAUUAAUGGAUGAGAAUUUUUGGAACAACAUUGUAAUAAAUAAAAGGAACUCUAGGAUGAAAAUAGCAAAAUAUAAUGAUAAGAUGAAAAAAAUGAAUAAUAGUAUAGAUAAUGAAGAUGUAAUAAAAGAUUUAUAUGACGGUAAAGAAAAGAUGUCAUAUAAUAAAAAUAAAUUAUAUGAUAUAUUAUUAAAAAUAGAUAUGAAAGAUAUACUUAAAUAUUUUAUAGAUUUUUACUUUGAAAAUGAAUCGUACUAUAUAUUAGAUAAUAUAUUAUAUAGUGUAAAUCACUGUGUAAAAAUAAAGUACAAAAAGAAAUCUUUAUAUAACAUACAAGAUAUAUUAAAUAAAGAACACAAAAUUGGAACUAUGAUGAGAGAAUUAGAAGGUUUGAUUGGUAAAUAUGUGAAUAAAAAUAAUGAUAAUAAUUAUUUGGAUACAAAAUAUGACAUGUUAUUAUCGAAAAGUAUAAAAAGUGACAUAAAUGAUAAUAUUAGUAGUAAUAAUAAUAAUAAUAAUGAUAAUAACAAAAAUAAUGAUAGUAUCAAUAAUAAUAAUUAUUAUUAUCAUGAUAAUAGUGAGGGACAAGAUAAUGAACAGGGUACUAACCAACAUAUAGAUAUACAAAAUAUUAUUAACGAUAAAAGUGUAGAAAAUCUUAUCAAAGGUUAUUUUAUUUUAAAGAAUUUUCUUCAUAUAGGUAAUAACAAUAUAAGCUUACAAAAUGAAGAUCUUUUAAUUUUAAAGAAAAGUGAGAAUUCUUUUGUUCAUAAUUUAUAUGAUAAUGAUAAGAUAUAUAAUGUGCAUAUUCCAUAUGUGUAUACGAAAAAAAUGAACACAAGUUAUAUAAAUAAAAAAGAGGAUGAUAGGUUAUAUAAUAAGAGUAUUAAUAAGAAUAUUUGUAAGACUAAAAGUUCCAUAUUAGAUAAUAGCAAUUUUGAUAAUAAUAAUAAUAGAAUAUCAAAAAAAUAUACACCUUUUAUAAUUGACAAUAAUGAAUAUACAACUGAUUGUUCAAAUGACGAAAACUAUACAAGUGAUGAUGAAGAAAAUGAAAAUAGAAAAAAUGAAAUUGAUGAUGAUAAUAUUCCAGAAUAUAUAAAAAUGAAUAGUAUUAUGAAUCUUUCACAAAAGAAAGAAAAUGAUUUUAAAAAUAUUAAUUUAUAUUUUGAAUUAACUAAUGUAAUUAAAAGGGUUAGUAUAAAUAAACUAGAAGGGAAUUAUUUUAAUUAUGAUGAAAAAGAAAAUUUAUUGGGUACCAAUGUGUCAAAAAUGAAUGAAAUGUUAGAAUGUAAUCAUGAUGAUGAUGAUAAUAAUAAUAAUAAAAUAUAUGAAUUAGAUGAUGAAGAAAAAAAAAAGAAAAAAAGAAAAAAUCAAACGAAAUUUUAUAGCUAUCCUAAAAGGUUAAGUAUAACAAAUAAUAAUAAAAAUGUGAAUGAUUUAGUAAACUCAUUAAAUAAUAAUUUAAUAAAUAAGAAGGAAUAUUUUUUAAAUAUUAUAAUGAAUGAAAACAAUGAUUUGUAUAUUAAAAAGAUUAAUGAUAAAUAUUUUUCAAAUUAUCAAAACAAAAGAAAAAAUAAAAGAUUAGACAAUAUAGCACAUAUGAAAAAUAAUAAUUAUUAUAAUAAUUAUAUGUAUAAUAUUCAUAGUAAUAAUUCGAAAUCUAGAAUUUUAAAAGUUGGUUGUCAUAAUAUUUUAAAUAUUGGUGAUAUAUUAAAAUAUGAUGGUGAUAAAAUAAUUUAUCCAUGUGGUUAUUUGAAUAUGAGAAUAUUUUAUAAUUUGCCAUCCUAUUACUUAUUUCAAAUAUAUAAUAAUGCUAAUAUUGAUGAUUUAAAUAGAAAGACCAAAUUAUUAGAAAAAAUAUUUUUACAACUAAGAGCUACAUAUAUUUUUUCUAUAACAUUAAGAGAACAAAAUUUCUUUUUUUCAAUUAUAUUGUUUCCUCUAAUAAAUAUAGAUUAUUUUUCAGAUUCUGAUGCUAAGAAUUUUAUACUAGCAGAAGGUUAUGAUAUAAAUGAGGUUUAUAUGAAAUUCUUAUCAUUAUUUGAUUCACAAAAUUAUAGUUGUGAUGAUAUGAAUAAUGAUUAUUCUCACUAUAAUGUGAAAUAUGGAAAUAUAUACAAAUGUUUGGAAACUUAUAUUUUAAAAUCGGUGGAAUAUCAUAAAUUAAUAGAUUCUCAUACCUUUUUUGGAUUAACCUUACCAUGUGUAGUUUAUCAAAUAAAAUAUAAGUUGUUUAAAUAUAUGUAUAAAAAUUUGAGUGAAAAAAUUAAAAGUUAUAUUAAAAAAUCGAAGGACAGUGUUAUGAAAAAAAGGAUAAAAGGAUGUACGAGGGAAGUUGUAUAUAAUGACAACAUGCUUUGUAAAUAUUCCAAUUUGGAUACAACAAUAUUUAAGGAAAAUGAAAAAGAAAAUGAGAAGAAUAUAAGAAAGACUGUUAAAUAUAAAUACAACAUUAAUAGUGCAAUGUCUUACAGAUAUUUAAUGAAUAUUUCAUCUAAUUUAAGAUUAUAUGUAAAGAAAAGUUCAAUUCAUGGAUAUGGAUUAUAUACUUGUGAAUUUAUUAAUGAAGGAGAGCCCGUUAUUGAAUAUAUUGGUGAAUAUAUUAGAAAUAUUAUAAGUGAUAAGAGAGAAAAAUAUUAUGACAAAAUAGAAAGUAGCUGUUAUAUGUUCAGAUUAAAUGAGAAUAUAAUUAUUGAUGCAACAAAAUGGGGCAAUGUCAGCAGAUUUAUAAAUCACAGUUGUGAGCCAAACUGUUUUUGUAAGAUUGUUAGCUGUGAUCAGAAUUUGAAACACAUUGUGAUUUUUGCUAAAAGGGAUAUAGCAGCCCAUGAAGAAAUAACAUACGAUUAUCAAUUUGGUAUUGAAUCUGAGGGAAAAAAAUUGAUAUGUUUAUGUGGCUCAAGUACUUGUUUAGGAAGAAUGAAUUAA